CUAAAACCAAACUCGCUCCAGUUUCUGCCGUUCCAAGCUGCCUGAAUGUUUUGAUUAAAAAUAACUAAAAUAAUUUCAGAAUCAGCGUGGCUGAAAUCACCAGCUGAAUAUGGGGAUCUCUGGCCUGCUGCAGUUCAUCAAAGAUGCUGGAGAGCCUAUCAGCGUGAAAAAAUACAAAGGCCAGACCGUGGCAGUGGACACAUACUGUUGGCUGCACAAAGGAGCCUUUUCUUGUGCUGAGAAGCUCGCUAAAGGAGAACCAACUGACCAGUAUGUGUGGUACUGCAUGAAAUUUGUGGACAUGCUGUUGAACUUCGGUGUCAAACCAGUUUUGGUGUUUGAUGGACGCAAUCUGCCGUCAAAGCGAGAGGUGGAAAAGGCUAGAAGAGAGCGCAGAGAAAGCAACCUUCAGAAAGGCCGGCAGCUGCUACGUGAAGGCAAACUGUCUGAAGCCAGGGACUGUUUCACUCGCUGUGUGAACAUCACCCCCCCAAUGGCUCAUAACCUUAUUAAGGUUGCAAGGGCGAGAGGAGUGGACUGUUUGGUGGCUCCAUAUGAAGCUGAUGCUCAGUUAGCUUACCUUACCAAGAAUGGCUUGGCCCAGGCUGUCAUCACAGAGGACUCUGACCUGCUGGCAUUCGGCUGCAAGAAGGUGAUCCUCAAAAUGGACAAGCAGGGCAAUGGCCUGGAGAUCGACCAGGACAACAUGGGCCGCUGCCGCUCUCUUGGGAAUGUGUUCACCGAGGAGAAGUUUCGCCACAUGUGCAUCCUCUCUGGGUGCGACUAUCUGGCCUCCUUACAUGGCAUCGGCCUGGGCAAGGCCUGCAAGCUGCUCCGACUGGCCAAAGACCCAGAUAUCCUCAAGGUGAUCAGGAAGUUGGGUCAGUACCUGAAGAUGAACAUCACCGUCCCAGAAGAAUACAUUGAGGGAUUCAUCAGAGCCAACAACACCUUCCUCUACCAGCUGGUGUUUGAUCCUGUCAAGAGGAAGGUGAUUCCCCUCAACCCGUACCCAGAGCACAUGGACCCGGCCACCCUCAGCUACGCUGGACUUAAUCUAGGAGAUGACAAAGGCUCGCAGAUGGCCCUGGGAAACCUUGACAUCAACACCUUGGAGAGGAUAGACGACUUCAGCCCAGACAAACCCAUUCAGCAGCUUUCUAAACCCCGCAGUCGCAGCUGGAACAGCUCAGCAGCCCCCACUGGGCCCAGUAUCUGGAGUGGAGGCCUAAAGGCAGCAUGUGUUGCCCCGCCCCGGCCUGCUGCCUCCCCAGACAGGCCGUCCUCCACCAGGGGGAAGGAAAGAGUCGUCAGCCUGGUCGGUCUGAGGCUUCCCUGCAGAGAGCUGCAGGUGAAGAGACCCAGAGAAGACUCUAGUGUAUCGGACCAGGAUGUGCUGCAGCAAUACUCGUCCCCCACUCAGAAGAGAUCCAGGUCAGACCAGCUUCCAGAGAAGCCAACAAUAACCAGGCCCCGCAACCGAUUCGCCACCCUGCUGCAGAGGAGGAACCAGGAGCCUGAGGAGGACGGCCAGGCCACAUGCAGCAGAUUCUUCAGCAGUUGUAGCUCAGCAGCCAGUGUCAGCAUGAAGGAGUCUGCUCGGGAGGAUCUGCCUCAGGAUGUGGAGCCCACAGCUGUGAAUCAGGACAGUUCUCCAAACAACCAGACCAAUGACAGCGACGAUCCUGACAUUCCGUCAGUUGACACCCCCAGCCCACCUCCAUCGCCUAGCACCACAUCUCCCAGUUCAGCCAGUCAGGGACUCAAGCUGUUCCGCUGGUCUGGCAGCUCAUGUUCUGCUGAUCAGAAAACACCUCAGUCUUCUGCAGGCCUGGCCGCCCUGCAGCAGUUUCACUACAAGAAGGAGAGUUCUUCUUCGUCUACAAAGACACACAGAUCCUCUGGAGACACGUCACUCCCUCCUCCUUCUCCCACUGACCCAGACCCAGAGGAAAAGGAGGACCUCCCGGAUUCACCCCCUUCUCAAGACAGCGCCUACUUUAGCCAGUCCCAGCCUCACCCCACUUCCUGCCACAAAGAGGAAGUCCUCACCUGCAACCUCUCCUCCUCCUACCAGGAGGAAGCUGAAAUCAACUCAAGUAAAGAUUCUGAGUCAGAGCAAAGUCCCGCCCACUCAGCAGAAGCAGAUAAGAGACCUGACAUGCUCAGACCAAAGGUUUCAGGUCUAUCGCGGCCAAAGUCCAGCAGCCAAAGUCCAGCUGCAAAGGCGCGGACGUUGGGCCCCGCCAGGGCCAGUGGACUGAGGAGAAAGCCUGUGGGUUCUGGGAAAAACACCUCCAAUAACGAGAACAACCCGGGUGUGCAGGCCACCAUCAGCAACCUGUGGAAGAACUUCAGCUUCAAAAAAGAUAGCCAGAAGAGGACUGCCUGUCAGAAAGGAGAGCCCAUGUCUCCUGUCAAACUCAACCUCAGCUGGACAUGAACUCUACCCCCAGCUUCUAAAGGAAGCUUUGAGUGUUUUACUAAGAGCAGUGUGUGGAAGAGAAUCUUUUAUCAUCAUACCGUGUAUGUUAAUGAUUUUUCAUCAACCUAUGUUUUGAAUGUAUAGUUUUAAAUAAAGCAACUGUAAUCUGA